AUGGCGAAAGACAAACCUACCCUGGUAGGUGUCCCCCCAGAGAUUCGUCUCGUCAUUUUAGACAUCCUGCAACUUGAAGACCCACAGAGCAUCUUCAGUUUCGCUGCGGUCAGCCGCAAGUUGUACAGCGAGACCAACAAAUACCGGUUCCAUGACAUCCAACUGACCCUGGUCAAUCGCAACAAACUGACUGUCGACAUCGACCGUUGGAACAAAAUUCUGCGGCAGAAUGAUUCCUUUUCGUCUGUUCUGCGGGUGACCGUCCAAGGAAGUUUACCUCCCAUCCAAGAGGAGGGCGACGAGGACAAGAACCUGACAGCGGUGCCAUGGUCUAGCGCAGAAGACCGAGACAACAUCAACGAGUUGACAAGCCGUGAGGAAUUCUACGAGCAGGACUUCGGCGGCAAACCCCAUAUCACCCCACGUCCCGAAUACUGCGGCUGGUCACCUCUGCCAGAGUUUCUGGGUCAGCUGUUCAUUCAGACAGAUGUUCCAACAUGCAAGCUGCAUAUCAUGACCUACAAUCUGCCCCGCCACUUCCACAAACAAUCCUCGCGUCAUGGCACCGACUGGUACGAGUACCAGCUAGCGACCUCCCCCUGCCUAUCCAGCAUUGUUCUCUCCUACAACCAAAAGCAUUACUCUCGAGUUAUGACUUCGCACGAGAACAUGAUGCUCUAUGAUUUGGCAACCAGAUUAGCCCCCAAUCUAACCCAUGUGAACAUUAUGGACAUCUCAUCGGAGUUGCCUCGCCGGCCAAACGCCCCUCCAGGUCCCACUUCCAAUCAGAGCAUCAACGGAAAACCUCUGCAGGGCUUGAGUCUCACCGGCGGUGACCCUUGGGAAUGGAACAAACAGAGUGACUACAGUGACCUUCGAGUUCUACAACUGUGGGACGUCGACGAGGCAAUGCUCUGGACUGCAGCCUCCCGCGAAUAUCCUGCUUUGAAUUCGCUGGCCGUGCAACCAAGUUCCGAAGUCAAAGAUGAAACAGUAAGACGGUUUGUUUGCUCUCUGUCUCCCCUGGACAGCCUCCAUCUGUGUGGAGAAUACACUCAGGAGACUUUCCAGGCAAUAUUGGACCACCAUGGUGAAUCGCUUCGAAAGCUGUGCCUAGUCCCAGUGGGCGAGUAUGACCGCUUCGAUUACCGCAGGAUUACACCAGAGUUUUUGACGCUGGUCCGAACCCAUUGCCCAAACCUCAAGGAUUUCCGAGUGCCUACUAUUCGCAGCGCAGGAAGGAGAGAGGAAUGCGACCUCUACAGGGCUCUCGGACAAUUCCCCAAGGUAAUCAACCUCACCCUAGAGCUCCAGCACUGCGAUCAAUGCGCGGACAUGGACCCGGGAGAGUAUAAGGAUUACGUUGAGAGAGAUCGUCGCCGGGAGAUGAGGAUAAAGGAGUGGUUCACUAACAUUGCAGUGGAUGAGAGAUUAGUCCGCGAAAUCUUUUCGUUCAUUGCCCGCACUUCUCCAUUGCGACGCUUGAGGAUUGGCUUCGACACUUCUUUACGCAGCGUCCAUCCGGACUUCAAUUACAAGGGUGACCGCGCAAUCACCAAAUUCAUGAGUCGACAGUACGUUUGCUUCCGCUGCAAUGAUGACAGAUUGAUCGUACGUGAGAUUGGAGCCAAGGCAAGAAAGCUCAAGGAGGACGAGGAUCCCUGUGAGUUGGGGCCGCGCGAUGAAGCAUUUGGUUACGCUGGAUUCAGUUCGGUUUUCCCUACUCACGCGGAGCUCGCAAGACGAAAAGAGUUGAAGCAGGAAAAAGAACGACAGGAUCUACUUUUCGGACUUAAGUGUGAAUUGGCAAAGGUUGAGUGCAAUCCCAACGACCCAUUUAGCAAGAAGAAAGCGGAGAAAGAGAAAGAACGAAUCUUUCUGAAGUUCAAGUGGGACCACCCGGACGUGCUUGAGUGGACUGAGGCGAUGGCAGAGUACAAAGCACAGAAGGAAGCAGAGGAGCUGGCAGAGGAGAUAGCCAAGUUGAAAGCGAAGGAGACGGCCGAGGAAGAGGAAAGACGACGAUUUGAAAGGUGGAAGUGGGUCCAUUGGAGAGAGUACGCCAAGCUUGUAUGGGCUGAGGUGAUUGCAGAGCAACGAGCAGAGGAGGAAGUAAAGAAGAAAGCAGAGGAGCACGCAAAGAAGAUGGCAGACCCGAAUAGGGACUGGGGGGAUGACUCGCUAGAUAGGAAGGAGAGAGAUGGCAGAUGGGCGGAUCCACCACCAAGAUCCGACCCAGGGAGAUGGUGGGAGAGAUGGUACAGCCACCCCUUGACGGACCUUGAGCCCGAAAUCCUCUUCAAUUGUACGCGGUGA